AUGGCCCAGGGAACACCACGUAAAUUUGCGGAAAAAAUUGCAAUAAUGGAGAGGAAGCAAAAUGAGGAUCAGGAAGUAUUUACCUCUGUUAUGCGUGAUGUACGUGCAAUUACGAGUAAUUGUACCGCUUGUCCACCAGUAUGUUCCAGUACUCAGGCUCUUGCACCACCGAUACAUUGGAAUCGAUCGAGUGGUUCAUUGCCAAAUGUACAUGAAAUGGUACAACAACAACCGGAUGUUUGUAAUUGGCCAUAUUGGCCUGGUUCACCUCAAAUGAAUAUAUCACAUCAUAUACGUGCUCGUACGCCUGGUACCACGCAUUAUCAUCCAUACAAAUCAUCGAAACAACAUGAACGUUGUUCACCACUUGAUCAAUUCGAUUAUCAACAUUUACAUUAUCCAGCUAAUAAUCAUCUUCAACCACCGGAUAUGUUAUGGCCAAAAGCUCGUAGCGAUCCGACAAUAUUCAUGAAUUUAUAUCAACAACAAGAACAAUUAGAAAAUUUUAAUAUGCAAAAUUUAACAGUAUUAUCAUCAUCCAAUCAAUUAUCAUCAUUAGAGCAAUCAUUAUCAUCAGUUCAUCAUCAUCCAACGAUCGAUUCUUUCAAUGAUAGUAUGCAACAAAAGAUAAUGCAUGAUAGUAAGGAUAUUGCGGUUGGUUCAUUACCUGAUAUACCAACAACAUCAAUUACUGCAAUUCAAUAUCAUCAUCAAACAAUUGGACAACGGUAUAGUACAAGUUUAUCACAAACUUUAGCUACACCACCAUCAUCAUCUGAAUCACAAUCAGCUCCAACAAGUCCAGCUCAAAGUGUUGAAUUACCAGUACCAGCAUCAUGGCCACAACGUAAUUACUCAAAUAGUCCCGAACCACGGGAAAUUCCAAAUAUCGUUCUAACGGGUACCGAUGGAGAGCUUGAUUGCUUUCAGGAUUUACAAGAUUUACAUUUGGAUGCUAAUGAAUUACAACAAUUAUUAAGUAGCAGUGGACAAAUUGGUCCUGCAGGUGAAACGCAACUUCUUGAAUAA